AUGUCGGUCGACAAGGAGAACAUCUGGCUCGCCAAUCUUGGAAUCAACCCGCAGGGCGAUGAUACUUAUGAUGAGGAGCUUCCCCGAGGCACAAACUCCCUCGGUCUGCCGUUGAUCAAGCAAGCACGAGCCGGUGAGAUCUUCCACGUCCUGGAGGAGCAUCAAAACAAGCCAGACGGCAGCCAGACCGAGAUCGAACGUGACAUGUCACUCCUCUCCGUCCUCCACGACUACAACAAGACCAACUACCAGCUCAACCCAGUCUUUGUCAACCAGGACGACUAUAACGCGUAUUAUGGCGGAAUUUCCAAUGGAAUCCUAUGGCCAGCGCUUCAUAAUCUGCCGCAAUAUAUCGUCCAGGACUACGAUGAUCCUCAGGUCCUUGACGAGCACUGGUGCUCCUAUGUUCGCGUCAACUACCAGUUUGCCAUUAAUGCAGCCAGGAACAGUCGGCCGCAAGAUUUUAUCUGGAUUCACGACUACCAUCUGAUGCUCGUUGGCCAAAUGAUGAGGUCGUUGGACUCGACCUUAGAGGUCGGCUUCUUCCUCCACAUCCCCUUCCAACCCCCAGAAGACUUCAUGACUAAGUACAAGACCGUUGGGAUGCCAAUUUUGAGGGCUAUUUUGAGAUUUAAGAAGGUCGGCUUCCAAACCGAUCGGGACCGCAGGAAAUAUAUUGCCCUGGUCGAGCAAUACAUCCCAAGGGCCCGAAUUCAGUACGAGGAGACUGUCGACAUCUUUAAUAUAAAUUACGAGGCCAACUCCUCAUGCUCCCUGGGAGUCUUUCCGGUGUCGAUCAAAAAUGAGGAUUUCCUCAGCAUUGCCACCAAUGAUCAGACCAAGAUUUUGGCGAUCGAUAUCCGGAAAGAGGAUGUUCUGUACCAAGUUGCAGUUACGAAUCGACGUACCGUCGAUUCAUAUCGAAAGUACCAAGACACCUGCUUGGAGAUGGCCGACGCUAUCAACAAGGAUAUUGUCUGCAAGGACAACGAGGACUGGAAGCCGAUCAUUUUCGAUACGGAUGGACUUCCAAGGGCUAAAUUGAUUGCGCAUUACUUGGCGAUGGAUAUUGGUGUUGUUACGCCCUCAAAAGAUGGCAUGAACCUCGUGGCCAAGGAGAUGUUGAUCUGCAACCCGGAGGCUGGGUUGAUUUUGUCUUCAGGCGCCGGAACCGACGUCCAGCUUGGCAACGCCGGUUUCUACACUGAAGAAUCACGCUGCUACCACCGCAUCAGCGACAUCGCCAAUGUCGAGGAGUUCGCCGAAGCGUUCUACGCGGCUGCGAUGGAGGAGAAGGAAGACAAAAACUCGCUGGAAAACUCGUGCAAACCCGCCGGAACUACCCAUCUGACCCUGCAGACCGAUGCGGAAGACGGGGAAGUGCUUUCGAUAAAAUACGACAUCCACGACGAGCUGUCGGAGCUGCAUAAGGACUUGGCAUUCCUGCAGUUUAUCCAGAGCGACGAUACUCAUAAUGUCGAAAGCUUUGUUGAGACGCUAAGUGGCUUCCACCCGGAUGGUCCGGCCAUAUUCCACGAAGAAGUGGCGAGGGCGGUGGAGUUGUUGAAUGAGGGCGACCACUUCCAACACUUCUUCACCGAUCGCGACGGCACCCUGAAGAGCUACUCCUGUUCCUACCCCACAUCCGUCCAACCCGCCUACUCGGCCGUCAUCCAGGCCCAGUUUGCCCGGAAAUGCGCCCAAGUGUGCGCGAUCGUCACCACGAGUCCGUUGGUGCACAUCGGAAUCUUGAACAUGCUGACGUUGCCUGAAGGCUACUACGCAUAUGGCGCAUCGGCAGGUCGUGAAUGGUACAUUAACCCGGCGCUCCAGUUUAAGGACGACAGCCUCAGCGAUGAGGACCUGAACUUGUUGAAUUUGGCUUUUGAGAAAGUUGAAGACCUCCUCGCCAAACCCCAAUUCCGGAAUUUCACCUGGAUCGGCUCUGGCCUUCAAAAGCAUUAUGGUCACAUCACGAUCGCCCGGCAAAACCAGGAGAAGAGCAUGCAUCGGGUUCUCGGGAAUCUGCUGUCUGCCGAGGUCCAAAAAAUCGUCAAGGAGCUUGAUCCGGAUGGUAGCAGCCUGGUGUUGAAGGAUGGCGAGUUCGAGAUCAAGAUUUAUACCAGGACCUUUGAUAGUGAGAUGAACAUCGAUGGUAAAAUCUUCAACAAGGGUCAUGGCGUCCGGCUUCUAAAGAAAAAGCUGAACCUCAAAAUGCAGAUAGGAAACAUUCUGGUCUGUGGCGACUCGGAGAACGACCUGCCAAUGUUGGAGGAGUGCCUGGAAGAAGCGAAAGAUCGGGUUUAUACGCUUUGGGUCACGAGGAGCAAGCCAUUAAAGGAGAAGGUCAGCAAGCUGUGCGCACAGUACGGCAAUUCGCACGUCGGCUUCGUUUCUUGCCCUGGGGUCCUGCUCGGCGCUAUGGCCCAAGCGACCGUCCGUGUAUUCAAUAUGCGUCCCAUCAGUGGUGAAGAAGAUACUGCCGCCUUCGAGGAUGAGCUA